AUGCGUGUUGCAGUAAUCGGAGCUGGCCCUUCAGGUUUAGUCACACUUAAAUACCUCCUGGCCGCCCGAGAUGCACUGGGAACGAAGCCUAUCGAAGCCAAGCUGUUCGAGUCUGAGCCCUCGAUCGGCGGCACCUUCUUUUCACGAACAUAUGAAGAUGCAGAGCUCGUCUCUUCCAAGCAGCUCACGACUUUUUCUGAUUUCAGAAUACCAAGUGAGGGAGACUUCCUCAGUGCAGGCCGCUAUCUGCAGUACCUCAAGGACUAUUGCACUCACUUCAGACUUUGGCCCCACAUCAACUUGCUGAGCACGGUGAAGUCUCUCAACAAACGGCGCAGCGGUGAUUAUAGUCUCGCGUACACGUUGCAGAAUGGCUUGCACACCUGGGAGUGCGACGCUGUUGCAAUCUGUUCAGGACUACAUGUCCUUCCCAACAUUCCUCAUAUCGAUGGCAUUGACAGAAUUCCCGUUCGACUUCAUUCAUCCGAGUUCAAGAAAAGAACGCAAUUUGAUGUCGGCAAGACCGUUUUGAUACUAGGCAGUGGUGAGACGGCGUCCGACCUUGGAUACCUUGCCGUGACUUCCCCGACAGAAAAGGUCGUGCUGUGCCACAGGGACGGCUUUCACCUUGCGCCGAAGACAAAUCCCGAACCCAGGAUCAUUGGUAUGGCUCUCAGGAAGACCGCGGGCCCUCCCCCCAUUCCGAUCGACGUCAGCCGAGCCAGUUUGUUUGAUACGGCAUAUGUUCAUCCUUGGCUGCGGAAGUCAAUAGCCCUUUGGACCUACUACGAUUACUAUGUCGGAUGGAUCUUGUGGAUGUCGUGGGGAACCUUCCAUGGUCUAGACCAGUGGAUCGCUGGGAAGCCCACUGGAUGGUCGACAUCCCAGAUCUUCUUCAACAAGUCUUCCAAGAUCAGUCCCUACAUCAACAACGCCUGGAAACCCAGGCAACCCCAGAGCUUUCCCCAAUACCUACGCUCUCUCUUCAUUCGAACACCCUACAUCGACACUAAGGGGCGUUGUGUCGACGUUGCGCCUUGGCCCGAGCGAAUAAACGAGGACGGACGAGUGGUCUUCAAGGACAAUGGCCGCCCUGAAUAUCUCCGCAUGAAAGAGAAGGUUGUCAAACCCGACAUGGUAAUCUACUGUACAGGCUACCGACAGGAGUUCCCCUUUCUACAAUCUCAGCACCACAAUGCCAAUGUGCGAGAUAUCUGGAACCGCGAUGAUCCGAACGUUGGCUUCAUUGGCUUCAUAAGACCCUCACUGGGUGCAAUACCCCCUUUGGCUGAAAUGCAGGCCCAACUAUGGGUCCUCAAUCUCGUUGCUCCGGAGCGAGUCAACCGGCUUGAUCCAGAUGACGAGCCGCACUACCGACUCAUCACGCCCAAAAGCGCAAGGGUAAGGUAUGGAAUUGAUCACGAGAGUUAUAUAUACCAGCUGGCUCUUGACAUGAACUCCGCUCCCUCUCUCAGCCAAAUCUUGAGCUUGGCUUGCGACGGUCCGCGUCAUCAGCUUUGGCGACUUCCUUUGGUAUGGGCCCUGGGUGCAAACUUCAACACGAAAUUCAGAUUGUAUGGACCGUGGCAGUGGGAUGGUGCUCCCGAGAUCUUGGUUGAUGAGUUGUGGGAGACUAUCACUAGACGUCCAAUAUUCUUCGGACACAUCACACUUUCACUUGUACCAAUGCUGAUAUUUGGGCCUAUAAGCCUGCUUGUCUACUUGUACGCCACAUUACUGGAACUCUUGAAGUGGGUCAUGCAUAUGAAACCCGAGGACUACGUGCUUCAGAAGGAAGACAUUCCGAGAUAA